UCGAGUUCCAGGUUCUUGUGCAAUGGGUGUCUGUAGAGUCAGGAUGAGUAGUAUGAAAGAAGAGUAGUGGCACAGGGAGCUAGCUAGCUAUAAUAGCUGUGUAAACGGCGUGAGUCAGUACAAGCGGUUUCUGCAAUCACUGACGCUUUUGCUCUGCAUGCAAAACUAACUACCUGCACCGCGCGUGUCCUCUCACCUCACGUUUUAAACCACACAUGACUCGCGCCUCUUCGAAAUCAACGGUUGAGAUUGAGCCGUGAGGAAACGUAAACUUACUAUGACGGUGACAGAAUAAUUGCCCCCUGUAAGGAGACACGCACGCAAAAGUGGCGAUGCAAACGCAAGAGGCGUGAGCGUGACCAACAAACAGCAGGCGAGCGAGCGAGCGAUACAAUUGAAAAUCAACUGCUUCGGUUGCAUCGGCGCAAGUUAGCAAAAUCCGCCACAACGAUCAAGAGAGAGAAACGAGUAACAAACAUAAAAGGAAAGUUUUGUGUUAAGCUUUUUGUUUCUGCUUACACUUACACUGCACCUGCACCUGCACCGGUUCAGCGGUUAAGGCGUUACACCGCACCAGGCUGGCGUGGUAAAUGGAGUUGGAGGGUGCGAAUCAAUGAGGCUCGUACCGUGAUCGAUUGUCGUUUUGGAUCCUUGGCCUUCGACAUGAGGAGGAAGAGAGAUCAGUACUCGGAGUUGGAAGCUGCAGCCACGGAGGGACUUGGCCGUCGUCACCGAUGCGUGAAAGAUGAUUUGUGUGCUGAACUGUGGUAUGCAUGUGCCGGGCCUGUGUAUGUUCCUCGCGCUGGGGAGAAGGUUUUCUACUACCCACAGGGUCACUUGGAGCAGGUUGCUGCAUUUACUCAACAUCAGCAAGAUGGCCACAUGGAAAUUCCUGUAUAUGAUUUGCCUUCUAAGAUCUUAUGCAGAGUUAUCUGCGUUCAUUUAAAGGCUGAAGAUUACACAGAUGAGGUUUUUGCUCAAGUGACAUUACUUCCAGAGCUCAUGCAAGAUGAACUUAAUUCAGAGGACGGAGGCACUUGUCACAUACCUUGUAGAACCAAAACCCACUCUUUUAGCAAGAUACUCACUCCAUCAGACACCAGCACACAUGGUGGAUUCUCAAUUCCCAAACGACUGGCAGAUGAAUGCUUCCGUCCUCUGGACAUGACUCAUCAGCCACCAACACAAGAGCUGGUUGCUAAGGACUUGCAUGGGUUUGAAUGGCAUUUUCGGCACAUAUUUAGAGGCCAGCCAAAACGACACUUGAUUACUAGCGGUUGGAGCACAUUUGUCAAUUCAAAGAAACUUGUUGCUGGAGACUCAUGCAUUUUUGUUAGUGGGGACAAUGGAGAAAUUCGUAUAGGGUUUCGUCGAGCUAUGAAGCAACACAGCUAUGCAUCCACAUCUUCAUCUCUGAUAUCAGGUCAUAGCAUGCAACUUGGAAUAUUGGCUAGUGCUUCCCAUGCUAUUGCUACAGGAUCCUUGUUCACUGUCUAUUACCAUCCAUGGACAUAUCCCUUUGAAUUUAUUACUCCAGUGAAAAACUACAUGAAGUCAACUGAAACCGACUAUGCAAUUGGAACAAGAGUACAAAUGGUGUUUGAAGCUAAAGAAUGUGCAAGAAGAAAUGCAGGUGCGAUAAUUGGGAAUGAAGAUAUCGAUAACAUUAAGUGGCCUGGUUCAGAAUGGAGAUGUCUGAAGGUGAAAUGGGAUGCCAUGCCCAUACUAGAUACAUAUAGGCAUCCUGAAAGGGUUUGUCCAUGGUGGAUUGAGCCCUUGGACUCCAUCAAGAAGAAGCGCGCGCCAAUGCUCUCCCUGGCAAACAAGAGAUGUGUACUUAACCUGCCUCAGAAUUCAGUCAAGUCUGCAUCUCAGAGAGUGGAUAGGGACUUACAAGGUCAAGAUUACAAUGGCGUACAUUCUCUACAGCCUUUGCAAAGUCCACCAUCAACAGAUUUGCUCCUCUCAUUGAAGAUCACCAACUUCAGGACGGAGAAACCUAAUCAGCUUCCCUUUCUCAUGCAAGAACCUCUGCAUCAAUCUCUUGGAAGCUCGAUGUCAUUUCCACAUGAAGACAUAUCAACUUCAUGCUCAAAUGUGAAUUCCACAGGUUCUGAAUCCCAGGGAUGGCCAUCUUCCGAGUCUAAAGAUGAAAAUGAUGUUCCUUUCAGCCUACCUGGAAGCUGUGGUAAAUACAAGCUUUUUGGGGUUAGCUUACUUGAUAGGCAACCGGAGCUCCCUUCACAACAAUUUGCUAUUUUUAGCAAAAUUUCUAGUCCUCCAAUGUGUGUUACCUCAAGGAAAACAUGGAAGAAGUGUCGCUCUGUUAACAGUAGGAGUUGCACAAAGGUGCUUAAGCUGGGAACUGCUCUUGGAAGAGCGGUUGACCUCACAUGUUUUCCUGGAUAUGAUGAACUCAUUUCUGAACUUGACCAGAUGUUUGAUUUCGGUGGAAGCUUAAUCAAUGGAAGCAGUGGGUGGCAUGUGACCUGCAUAGAUGAUGAUGGAGAUAUGAUGCUACUAGGGGAUUACCCUUGGCAGGAUUUCCAGUCCAUGGUGCAAAAGAUGAUCAUAUGUCCCAGGGAUGGGAUGAAGAAUUUCAAUCCAAGCUCCUCAGCAGAACCUACAAGCCUUUAAUUAAUACAUUAUCUUUCGAUCCACUCUACUGAGACAGUGCCUGCAUACCCUGCUUGCAGGACAGUGCAUUUUAAUUUGUUCUCUAUGCCGCGAACUGCUAUGGUCUUAAUGCAGUCGUGUGGUUUGUCGUUUUUAGUUCAAAGAUGUCUUACAUUUUGAUGAGUACUUGGAGUUAGUUAGUUAGUUAAGGGUUAGCAUUUAGAGUUAGUUAGUUAGUUAUGGCUUAGCCUAUAAAUAAGGGAGUGUGAAGAGGGUUUAGGUAUCUUUGGGAUCAUUUGGGAAUUGGGAAUUAGGAGAGUGAUGAGUCUCUCGAAUACUCAUCUGUUUCUUGUACAUUUUUCUGUUGAAUAAAUAUCAGGGUUUCAUCAA